AUGACGACAAGAAAGGCCCGCGAGUCCCAGGAGCAGACUACAAUGCGACUCUCCGAGGUCGCUCAACGCAGCGCCCUCAGGCAGGCCUCGCAGUCACAAGAGGAGCGUUCCACCUGCUUGGCUAGGAAAGCUGCCUACAGGGCUUCGUUGCGAUCAAUGCUCAAGAAUGCACAACGGUCGAGGAUGAACGCACAGGCUGCAGCAACCGCUUUUGCAUCUCGCGCUUCCGAGACUCAUCAUCAAAGGUUUCUUCGUAACGCUGCUGCCACUGCGAAAUCAAAGACAAUAGAGGCACUUGACCGCAGGCGCGCCCGUCAAUCCAGGGAUGCUGCUGCAACAGCGAGCGCUAGGGCUGCUGAGACCCCGCUCCGUAGGUCUGUGCGAAAGGCUACGAAUGCUGCCACCACUGCCAGGUCGAGGGCAGUAGAAACAUUCGACCGCAAGCGCGCCCGUCAAUUCAGGGACGCUGCUGCAACAGCAACUGCUAGGGCUGCUGAGACACUGCUCCGUAGGUCUGUUCGAAAUGCUAGAAAUACUGCCACCGCUGCCAGGUCGAGGGCAGCUGAAACAAUUGACCGCAGGCGCGCCUGUCAAUCCAGGGACGUUGCUACAACAGCUAGGUCGAGGGAGUCCGAGACAGAGCUGUAG